AUGAAAGAAGCAGGAAAGCCCGAUUUAAAUGAAGGAAUCAACUCGGCUGGAUUAGGCGUUCAACCUGAGGACCAAGUUAAAUACAGAAAAUUAACGUACGAACGCAGGACACCAGCCAUUACACUGGAGGAAACAGAGUGGAGCGACCAGGCAACCGUCUCAAAGAUUUCAGACUACUAUGCAAUGUAUUCUGAUAACGACCAACAAGGGAAGAAAACUGCUCAAAUUGGAAGGUAUCAAGAUGAUCAGUCAAGUCAAGGGAAGACUGACAACAACGCGACAAUGGAUCUCAGUGAGAAUGUCGUUGUGGAAAAUGUAGACUUGAUAAAUGGAUAUCUGGUUUCGAUCAACCGCGAAGAGAUAACAUGA